CUAAAGAUCAGUUAGUCAAUAACAAAAUCAAAAACCUUCAACUGAAAAUCCUUAUAAAUACGCUAAACAAAUCAUAUUUAACAUUAUUUUUCUACUAUAUAUAUUAAAUUUAACAUUAAACCGGAGUAAUUGAAUCAUUCGCAGCAUGAAAUUAUUCGCUUGCAUUUUGUUAUUUUGCUUGACUGCCACCGCUUUCGGGCAAAAUAUUUACUGUCGUAUGAAGUCCGUUAAAAUAACUGUAACUCGAAGAGUUUGUCAACAAUCCUGCAUUCCGAUCCGCGGCCAAUCCACUGUUUGUGUUACAGCAAGAGCUGGCCAAACUAUUUUGCUCUGUCCGCCAACAUGCUGCCGCAUGGGCACUUCCUGUCAUCAACUGUACAAAGUAAUGGCGGACCACGCCGUUGUUCCGGUAGCCAAAAUGAGAUCUACUUAAAUCCCGGACCGAACUGUGAAAGAAAUUGCCGUGACUUAUACGCGGAAUGUCUGAAGGUGUACGUUAGGCCACCCUCGGGCUGUUAUUGUCGUGAAGGCUUUGCGCGCAACGAAGCAGGACGCUGUAUACCUAUACGAUUAUGCCGUAAAGAAAACUAAAUGUAUCCUAUUUAGAAAUAAAAAUAGUACCUAUAAAUAAG